CGGCGCCUCGGCCCAGGGCCGCUCGCAGACUCCUGCCCGCAGCGAGCGCGGCCCAACCCGGACGGGCCUCCGACAGUGGCGCCGCCUCGCGCUUCGCCGCCUGGCUCCUCGGGCAGCCCUGCUUGGUGGCAGGAUGUGCUCGGCCGGGGAGCUGCUUGGAGACUGCGGCGCUGGGGGAGCGUGCAGUGAGGAUGGGGAGGCGCGGGCUGAGCAGGCGGCGGUGGGGACCGAAUGGGAGCUCCGGGCGAGCCCGCGGCGGCGCGGGCAGCGGACCCCAGAGGAGCGCGGGCAGGAAUUAGAAGAAUUACAAGACCUUACUGAUGGUCCUGUUGGAGAUGACUAUAAAAAGAUGGGAACACUUUUUGGUGAACUGAACAAAAGCCUCAUCAACAUGGGCUUCACAAGGAUAUAUUUUGGAGAACAAAUUGUAGAACCAGUGAUGGUCAUUUUCUUUUGGGUUAUGUUGUGGUUCCUUGGCCUGCAAGCCUUUGGACUAGUUGCUGUUCUUUGCCUUGUCAUUAUUAAUGUACAACGUUAAAAUAUGACUGAGUGAGCUGUUAGUUGAUUUGGUAGCCAUAUAUGUAAUUGGUGAAGUUAUAUAUUUUACUACAUGAAAGCUGAAAACCUUGCUUUGUUUCAAAUUGUGUGUUUUUUUGUAAUUAAAUAUAUAAGUGGAUGUUGUUUAAAAUUAAACUCAACUCUUGAUUAUAACAGGGUUGAAUAUAUAUCUUGUAGCUAUUCAAAACUCUUGUUUUGCUACUGUGAUCUGUACUCACUUUUAAACACCCCUAUUCCUGUACCAAAAUUUAAAUAACACCACCAAGUGAGCAGGGAAAAUAACAGGAUAUGUAGCUCAAAUUGGGCAAUAUAGGUCUUACAAGGAGUUCCAGUAAAACAUUUUAGAAGAAAAAUUUUGAAAUAAGGAGCUAAAAAUAAGUUUUACUUGGGGAAUUGCUCCCCACCCACUGCCACCAAGUAACCAAUAUUAUUUGGGAAAUAAUUUGGAUUUCUAGUGUCUGCUCAGCCCAAAUCAAUGUAAAUGAUAAUUACUGUACAUUACCUUAAUAUUUUGAUGAAAAUCAGUAAAGUUAGCACACCUUCUAAAGAUUGAAAAGAAUAUUUUAUUGCUGUGGAAACUUCCAAAGUUAAAUGUAACUUUUUUAUAUUGAAACACUUGAGCCUGGAAUCACUUCAGUAUAUCACAUAAGGUACUUUUGGUGCUAAUUACUUUUUGUGAAUUUUUUAAGUCUCAUAAGCCAGGUCCGUAUUUUUUUGUACCCCAUGGUAAUGCUAUAUUUUCUUAUAUCUAAAAAGUUGCAUUUUUUUUUUCCUGAAGAGACAUUUUUCAGUGUAUUUUUCUUCCCAGAAAUUUAUAUUUUAUAAUUCUUCUAUAGCAAUUCUAAGACUUUAGAAAUCUGUUUCUUGUCUUGGCAAGAAUUUCUUUUUACCCCCUCCCCCCCAAAUUGAUUUGUAUUAUGGCCGAAAUACUUAACUAUUCUUUUAAGGAAAAAAAAUCAGCUCACUUUCUUUGAUAUCUAUAUUGGAAAGUACAGUAUUACAGAAUAAAACCAAAUGCUUAAAUUUGGAACUUAACAGCCAAUUGUAAUAGUAUUCCUCUAAGGCUAAAGACAUGUUACUAAUGUGUCUUCAUUCAGCACUUUGGAGUUUAUAUUGAAAUAAGCAUUUCUUUAAAUAUACUUUCAAAGUGGAAAAUGUCUCAGUGAUAUUUUGGAUUUUAUUAGAGAAUCUAAAAUCUUUACAUUUUUGUCUGAAAGUUUAUAUAUAACCAAAGGAGAGGUAGUUGAGAUAAUUAUCUAGGAAUUCAAGUUAAAUAAAAGGAAAAUGAGACAAUGGGGCAUUUUUGUCUUUGGGAAGGCAAUAACUAAAGUAUGUAAAGUGUUUACUGUUUCACUUUGUAAUAUUUAUAAUAUUUCCUGUUUUAAAAAUUUGUAAGUUCUCAGUGUCUUCCAUUUUGAAGCAGAAAAAUUGAUAAAACAUGUUCCAAGUUAGAUUUCUAAAAUCAUGUAAUCCUGAACAAAAGUACCAGUUAGAGGGCACUAAAAUGUAUUGUGCAUUUGUAUAAAUACAGACUUUUUAAAGUUUGACUUAAAGAAAAAAGAAAGACUUUGUACUACAUCAUUGUGUUUUUAUUGGGCUUGCAGUGUUUUUAUGGUAACCUUAUGAACUUGGCAUAAAGUGCAAUUUAUUUCAAAAGGUGUCUUCAUUUGUGCACAGUAGAAUUGUGAAGUUUUUAAUAGAAACCAGAAAAUUUUUUUUUAUAUCUGCAUUAAAUAUUAAAAAGUGCAUUCUUUUCUAUGCUACUAGGUAUUUUAAUUUUCCUUUGGAAUGUGAAGAAGAUAUAGUAUGCAUAAUAGCAGCUCUGGUUCCAUCAGUGCCUGAAGUUGAGAAUACUUUAAAACCGCCGUCUGUAGACUUGGUUUCCUCUAGCCCCUGGCCCAGCCUGGAGUCUCUGUGGUAGGAGGCGCCCUCGCCUUGGGCCAGCAGCUGCAGCUUUAGGAGCAGCAACACUGCGCUCCCUGGCGGGUGCCCAGGAACCCUGAGGCUUCUGGGCUCCAGGCUCUGGGCAGCCGCCCGGGAGUCAGGAGACUGCGGGGCAGCAAAGGAGGCGCGGCAGCGGUGGCUCAGGGCGCCUCCUCCCCGGCUUGCCAAACCCUGCCAGGUCUGACCCGCGGGGGAGGAUGGAAAUAUCCGCCGCGCUCUGAGCCCCUCAGGAAGAUAACACCCUUCCCGCCAUAUCACCCCGAGGUCCUGCGUCGGCCACCGACUCGUCCCCUCCACGUCUCCAUCUCCCAGAGCCGGGCCGAGCGGAAAAGCAAGCGAUGGCGGAAAACCUGAGGAAACUAGUCUGCAGCAACUCCUUACGAUCGAUGCUGGACAAGCUAGAGCUCUGGCUGAGGGACUACAACACGAACUCGUGUGAUCAAAAUUUAAGUCUUUGCCUCGAACUCAUCGAACAAGUUGCCAAAGUGCAGGGACAACUCUUUGGAGUCCUCACUGCAACAGCUCAAGAAGGAGGACAUUAUGAUGGUGUGGAGGUAAUCAAAUCACGCCUUUUGCCUUGGCUGGAGGCCUCCUUUACUGCUGCUUCCCUGGGAAAACCUGUUAGCAGCAAGGCCCCCUUUCCACAGGUCAUGUUUGAUAAGGAGAAGCAAAAGGAGUCUGGUGUUCAGGGUUGGAAUAUAAAACAAUUAGACUCUGAGCUGAACUCAACUCGUAAUCAACUCAACCAGGUUCAAGACGAGCUUAAAUCUCUUCAAGCCCAAGAGGAGGCCCGCAACAGGAACUCAGAGCGUAGAGGCUCAUUGCGUAGGAGCAGCGAGCAGCGCGGUGCAGAGUCUAAAGGCUCCCAGCCUCGGAGCCCGGAGCAGAGGAGGUUGGAGCAGAGGAGAUCCGAGUGGGGCUCCGACGAGCGCAGCUGGGACAACCGCAGCUCCGACAAGCGCAGUUCGGAUAAGCGGAACGCAGAAGCGAUAUGCGAUUAUGAGAAACAGAUCCGAACGCUGAAGGACGAGAUCGCCGCUCUGUGUGCUGAAAAAUCUGCACUCCAAGGAAGGUCUGCCGGGAGCCGGUCUCCUAGCCCUGCCCCUCGUGGCCGCAGCCACAGCCGCAGCCGCAGCCCCAGCCGUAGCCGCAGCCACAGCCGCAGCCGCAGUCAGAGCCGCAACCACAGCCCCAGCCGUAGCCGCAGCCACAGCCGCAGCCGCAGUCAGAGCCGCAACCACAGCCCCAGCCGUAGCCGCAACCACAGCCCCAGCCGUAGCCACAACCGCAGCCGCAGCUGCAGCCGCAGCCGUAGCCACAGCCGCAGCCACAGCCGCAGCCAGAGCCCUAGCCGCAGCCGGGCGGGCAGUCCCUCAGCAGCAGUGGUGAAGAUCAGGACCCCGUCUCCGAAUCGCGCCCGACUCUCCAGUGCGGCGCGCAAGGCUGCCCUCCUGUCCCGGUUCAGCGAUGCGUAUUCCCAGGCCCGCCUGGACGCCCAGCGCCUGUUGCGGUGCUGCAUCGACAAAACCGAGACCUUGCAGCGUAUCAUUUACAUCGCCACAGUGGAGGCAUUUCACGUAGCUAAAAUGGCAUUCAGACAUUUCAAGAUCCGUGUGAGGAAAUCGUUGACACCGUCUUAUGCGGGGACGAAUGACUUUGAGGAUGCUGUUUUGGAUUAUAUCCUUUGUCAUCUUGAUCUGUAUGAUUCCCAAAGCAGUGUAAACGAUGUGAUCCGAGCCAUGAAUAUCAACCCCAAGAUUUCAUUCCCUCCGGAAGUUGACUUUUGCCUCCUCAGAAACUUCAUCCAGGAGAUAUGCUCCAUUGCCUUUGAAAUGCAGACGUUAGAGCCACCCUUAGAUAUUGCAUUUGGGGCCGAUGGAGAGGUUUUCAAUGAUUGCAAGUACCGUCGCAGCUAUGACUCCGAUCUCACUGCCCCCUUGGUCUUCUAUCAUGUGUGGCCUGCGCUUAUGGAGAAUGACACUGUCAUCAUGAAGGGAGAGGCUGUCACCAAGAGAGGGGCUUUUUGGAAUUCGGUGCAGUCUGUAAGUCGGUGUCGAAGCAGGAGUUUAAGUCCCAUCUCCCCCUGUACUCCCAUUGGUUUAAGCACGGUAUCUCGAAGCCGCAGUCCUUCUCCAAUAAGAUGCGGAUUGCCAAGGUUUUAAAACCACGAGACACGUUCCUUUGCCACAGGACAUCUGUAACAGCCAACCUUCCCAGCGCCUCCAUCUGCCUGCAGUGUCUGCCUCAGACCUCACUUAAGAUAAUGUGAAAAGGCAAUUCUGAGUAUCACUCCACACAGAGUUAAAUGUUUUGGCUUAGCGCAUUUGUAAUUUCAGAUACAUUGCAUUUUAUUUCAUUUUAUAGAUACAAAUUCCAUUAAUUUGAUAAAAACUCCUGCCUAGGUUUUAGGAUUAUAUUCAUUUGAAGCAGAGUCCAUUACGCGGGUUCAGGAUUUUCAUCCUGAAGUACUAGGCCCUUUUCUAGGAACUAUAUGAACAAAAAAGGAAAACCUUUACCAUACUUAAUCCAAAAGACAAGAGGAGUCAUUUUAGUUUACAAAUUGAUCAUAAGUAUUAUAGUUGCUGCUAUUAGCUUUAACUUGAAAACAAUAUUGCUGUUUUCAUUUUCCUUUAAGGUUUGAGAAGACAGCCCUAAUCUUGGGUUGGGGAACUCUUAGCAGUCGCACUGACUUCAGGCUAAAUGCAGAUGGUGAUGAUUUAAGAGACUAUAUAGUUUGUUGGUUUGCUUUUCUUUCUCUAUUUUGAGUCCCCAGUUUGAUUUAACUGAGUGCUGUAUGUUGAAGCUACUUGAAAGAAUUUUCUUGCUUCAUAAAUGUAGAGCAGUGAUUUGGAAAAAAAGACAGCUUUGAGAUAAAUGGUAAUUACCUAGUGUUUAUCUCCUGGAAAUGUUUCAUGUAGUUUUAAUGUACGUGUUAAAUAUAAAAGCUAUUUUAUAUUUAAUAGCUGGACAUGCUCUUUACCCAUUCCACCUCGUUGUUUACAAAUUCAGACCUUCUAAGAGCUCCAUCUGACUAAAAAAUACCUAAACUCAAGGCUUAAAAAUGGGACACCAUUUAUUGAUUUUAAACUGAGCGUAUAUCCCCUGAUUUCUUCACUGUGAAGUACUGUUGAAAGUUCAAAAUAAUAAUGGAAUCUGGCUUUCGCAAGACAGGUAAUAUUCUUUCUGCUUUUCUUUUCUUUCACUUUAAAGCCGACCUUAAACAAAGCCUUACAAAUGACUUUUGUUAUGUGCCUUUUAGAGAGAAACUCUGAAUUAGCCACAGCUCAGGUUGCAUCAGCUCAGUGCCAAAACCAGCACCUGAAGCUUUUCAGGUGAAAAAAAACCCUAACUUCUCUAAAGCAUCUUGUCCCUUGUGGUGGGAGAUAGAGAUGAGGGAGAGACCAUCUCAGUUCCUGCCCCUUGGGCCUAAUGGUCACCAACUCAUUCUGAAGAGUGAGAUUAUUUUUUUCCCUCUUGUGUAGUUAUGGUGUCAUCACAUUGAGGCAAUGCUCUAGGGAGAACUUGGUGCCCACGUAGCUCCAGAUCCAAUUUGGUCAUCACCUUGAUUUGUAGCCUUAAGUGAGUUACUCCACCUCUCUGAGCUUAAUUCCAUGGUAGAGUGAGAAGGUUGGAUGAGAUUAGUAGUUCUCUUAACCCUCCCAGACUCAAUGCUCCCUUUUAUAACAAAUGUUUUCUUCUGUCUAUUCUGAAAUGAAAUUCAAAGUUAAUAUGAGCUAUUCUGCAUAUAUACUUUUAAACGAUGGAUAUAGUACUAUAAUAUAGAGCAGAAAAAAAAAGAAAGCAGCUUUUAAUAAAAUAAGAUGUAUUUCAGUUAAAAAGCUUGCGUAUAACCAUCCUAGAAGAUAAAAUUAAAUCAUCAGAUGCUUGCACCUGUACGUAGAAUCCUAAUGCAGAUCGAUGUGUGUUGUAUUGGCAAUGUCAGUAUUUUCAUUGGAUCUUCUUUUUCUGAAAUGGUGGGCGACUCUGGGUAAAGUUUUGAACAAAAAUCUUAUAGUUGUAUCUUGACCUACACAGUAAGUGCAUUCCUGGAAAAGUUGGUAUAUAUUAAAAUCAUACAAUAAUUACUUUGUGUUAUAUGUUGAAAAGUCUUUUCUAAAAUUUCGGUAACGAGAAUGCCUACCUAUCAGAAGUGUUUCAGGAGUUGAAUGUGGAAAUGCAUGCCCUGAUUUGGAAACAGGUCACCCGUAUUCGUUUAUUUGCUAUGUACACUGCCUGGCCAUUUGCCAUUUCUUAAGUCUCUGAUUUGAACUGUAAUCACACAGGGAAUGGUAAAUAGUCUAGAAUAACUUUUGGAAAGGAUCCACGAAACCAAAGGAGGUUGACCUAUACUCUAAUCUAGGCAUGCAAUUUAA